GUCGACCUUCCAAUGAAUAAAGGUUGAACAACUAUUACUUUGUGUGAGGAGAGAACCUCUUCUGAAGUUCUGGCACCUGCUUUUGUCUCUGCGAUCCUUAUUCAGCGCAAAUGACCUACUUCUGAACACACAGUUCGGGGUGGGUGUCUUCACCUCACUCGCAAGAGAAUGUCGCGUCGGCUGCAAAACUACGGGAAUGUGGCUUACAAUAAACGUCGCGAAUCUGUCGCCGUUUCCCCCCUCGAAUCGCCCGGUUUCUUUUUUGCAGGCUGAAGGAGGGGCACCAUUUUUCAAGCUGUCAAGGGAUAGCCCACGUUCCUUCGCCCUCAAGAACUCAGCUUAUACAAGGGAUUUUUUUUACCAGUCUCUUCGUUCUCGUUAGCUUUCUGCUUCGACGAAAUCGCGGACUGAGGUGUGUGAAGGGACCUACACGUAGGCCGCCUCUGUGUUCGUAAAAGAAAAUUAAAGCUCAAGAUGUCUGGUUCAUUCUCCACCUUCUUCCGUUGGGCUCCAUGACAUCAAUGUGUCACGUCCUGCCGGCGAGACCGCUGCUACAAUGGAUGUCGUUUUCGAGUUCACUCGUGUCGUCAUUUCUGCCGUUAGCAAAAGAUGCGCCAGCGUCAUCCUCGAAGUUGCUCGUCAGAACCCACGGUACAGUGGGCGCCUCAUCGAGAUGGGCCAGGCCACCAACCGGGCGUACGUACACCUGAAGUACUUCAGCGGGAGAGUUCUCAUGCCGCGCGGACCUUUGCACUCCCACGCGCGAUGUGGGUCUCCACUGGCUUCGCAGUCUUCGCAGGCCAGCAGCGGCCUACCGGCCUCCCCAAAGGCGAACCUGCAAGCCGCGGCUUCCGCCUCAGCAGACGGAGCGUCUUCUGUGGCAGCGCAGCGUUCUAGUGACGCUGAAACUCGCUCUCCCGGUGCCUCAGCGCAGACAGUCCAGGCAGACCCUUCCAACGCAACAUCCUCCGGUGUUCCACCUCCCCCGGGUGUUUCAUCUUCGACGAACUCCUCAUCUUCGAAUGCCGCAUCUUCAUCGACCUCUUCGUCGUCAUCGACUUCCUCGUCUUCCUCGAAUUCCUCGUCUUCUGGAAGCCCACACACGGCGUCGUUUUCUCCGUGGAAUCGGACAGGGACGAGGAUCACUCUCAACGUAAAACCUCUUGACGAUGACAAGGCACUUGAGGUUGGAGCUGAGGCACUCAGCGAUGGCCUCGUGAUGCUGGUGAUGCUCUGUCUCGUUGCGGUGGGUUUGUCCAUCCGUCGUUUUUACGCUGCACGCGUCGAGGCCAAGGGGAGACAGCGCGAGGCUGAACUGCGGGAGCGGCAUGCAGAGACGCACCGCCAGUUGGAGCAAGUGAUUCGUUUUCUUCAGCAGCAUUAUCCGGACUUUAAGCUUCAGGAAACUAUUCCUCCUGAGACCACAGGUUCCCCGGACAGUCCCCCACAAGAAGAGGAACAGAGAACUGCUGGGCAGCCUAAGUCUCUGUAG